UGUAGCCACUGUGCUUUGCUAAGUGAAAUUCCCGAUGUAUCAUCACUGCCAAAUCUUGAGAGUUUGGAUCUACAAGAAUGCAUCAAUCUUGUUGAGGUUCAUCAAUCUCUUGGGCAUCUUGACAAACUCGUAUACUUGAACUUUUUGAACUGCUACAAUCUUAGCCGUUUCCCAAGAAAUCUGAAGUUAAGAUCACUUCAAAAUCUAAUUCUUAGAGGUUGCUCAAAGCUUUCAAGGUUUCCAGAUAUUUUUGUACAAAUGAAACAUUUGACAGAAGUAGAACUUCAUGGGACUGCCAUCAGAGAGCUACCCUCUUCUGUCGCGAAUCUCAUUGAACUGAAAGGGUUGUAUCUAGAAGACUGCACGGACCUUAAAAACCUUCCUUGUAGCAUCUAUACACUCCAACAUCUUGAGCGUAUUUUGGUUGACGGUUGCUCACAACUUAGCAAGCUCCCAGAAUGUUUGUGUGAAUCAAGUGAUUGCACCAAUUUCUCUCUCCCGUUAGCCCUUCCGAGCGUUAUUAACUUGAAUGUGCAAAGAUGUAGCUUAUCAGAGCUUCGUUUCUUGAAAAAUCUUCAUUGCAUGUCCUCGUUGACAAUUUUAGAUUUGUCGGAGAACAAAUUUGUGAGCCUUCCUACCUGCAUCAGUCAAUUUACAAAGUUACAGCAGCUUUUUUUGAUGCAUUGCAAGCAGCUGCAAGAGAUUCUAGCUCUCCCACCAAACAUAACAUCUUUACAUGCAAAAGGUUGUGAAUCGCUAGAAACAUGUGCGGACUUGUCGAAUGUGUUACGAUAUAUUUCAGAUGAAUCACCUUGGCUCAGAAGAUUUGACUUCUCUCGCUGUCAUAAGCUGAUUCAGAAUCAAUGCUCCAGCAAUUGCAAUAUGCUGUCAAUUGAGGGAUUGCUUGGAGAGACUCGAGUUGACAUUUUUCAUCCAGGAAGUAAGAUCCCAAUGUGGUUUGUCCAUCAAAGUGUCGAAGGACUCAUAAAGUUUCCUAUAUCUUCAGAAUUAUACUGUGACAUAGCCGGCUUGGCGUUUUGUGCUAUUGUUGGUUCAACCAAUCAAAAGGAAGCUAGUAUCUCAUGUGAGAUCCAAUUGUUUGUCAACAAGGAAGAAACUUAUGGUUGUGUAGAUUGUUUUUCCUCAUUGGAGUUAGACCAUGUAUGGGUUCGAUACGUUCCACGGCGAAUGAUGUGGGGAUUGGAUGCGAAAUUGGUGAAUCACCGCAGUCAAUUUGCAGUACUAUUUCAAGCGUCGGAGGGAACUCUAAGAAGUUGCGGGGUGCAUCUGGUUUACAAACAAGGUAAGCAACCAAAUGACAUGAAGAUUGACGAAAGCAUCGAUCCUCAUAAUUCUAACGCAAACCUCACAAGUUCCUAUGUUGAAACCCGCAAAAGGAAGGAAAGACUUUCAGACUCCUAAUCAACAAAACUAUGAUUCGAGCUUAGCUUCUUGUAAUUUAGUGUGGGGAGUUAUAUUAAUACCCUUUUGAGCAGCUUUGAUCGUGUGUUUCCUCAUAUCAAAAAUAACUAGCUGUUGUGCUUUUCUUUACCCUCAUUGAUCAUCUUCCAUCUUUCCCUCACUGACAAAGUGCAAUGAUGUUUAUGAGGAGUCAAUAUUCAUCAA